UCAUUGCAGGCACAGGGAAAUAUGAUGGUCCCUGUCCUCAUGGAGCUUGCCUUCUGGUGAGGAAGGCAGAAAACAAACUGAUAAACACAUGCGAAUUUCCGAUGGUGCCAAGUGCUGUGGAGGAAAUGAAACAGAGCAAUGAGAGAUCUUAUGUGGGAAGAAUAUUUUAACUAGGAGGAUCUAAGAAACCUUUCCUGAGAAGGUGACAUUGGAGCAGAGGCUUAACUGCCAAAGAGCCAGCUUGUGGAGACCUGGGGAAAGACUGAGGAAUUCAGAUGCAGAGGACAGCGGGUGCAAAGGCCCUGAGGUGAGGAAACAGGCACAGAGACUAUAAGGAACCUCAUCAAGAUCACAAAGCUAAUAGGCACUCCUGGCUUCAGGAAUCCUUCAGUGGUUCCUGUUUGCUUCGUGGAUAAAGCCUUCAUAUGGAGACAAGAACUCACAUGGCUUAACUCAUUGUGGAGGACAUUGCUUUUGUGUUGGCCAGUCAACAUCCCAGUUUGCUUUGGAAAGUUAUCUCUCCCCUGACCUACAGAGAAACAGCUCCUUGAUCUCACCUGACAAUGGAAUUUAGAAAGUCACCAGAUGGUGGAUGGGGCUGGGUGAUUGUGCUUGUCUCCUUUUUCACUCAGUUUCUGUGUUACGGAUCUCCGUUAGCCGUUGGAGUCUUGUACAUAGAAUGGCUGGACACCUUUGGUGAAGGGAAAGGAAAAACAGCCUGGGUUGGAUCCCUUGCAAGUGGAGUUGGCUUGCUUGCAAGUCCUGUCUGCAGCCUCUGUGUUUCUUCAUUUGGAGCAAGACCAGUGACGAUCUUCAGUGGCUUUAUGGUAGCCGGAGGCCUGAUGUUGAGCAGUUUUGCUCCCAAUAUCUACUUUCUGUUUUUUUCCUAUGGCAUUGUAGUAGGUCUCGGAUGUGGUUUAUUAUACACUGCAACAGUGACCAUUACAUGCCAGUAUUUUGACAGCCACCGAGGCCUUGCCCUUGGCCUGAUUUCAACAGGUUCAAGUGUUGGACUUUUUAUAUAUGCUGCUCUGCAGAGGUUGCUGAUUGAGUUCUAUGGACUGGAUGGAUGCCUGCUGAUUGUGGGUGCUUUAGCUUUAAAUAUAUUAGCCUGUGGCAGUCUGAUGCGACCCCUCCAGUCCUCUGAUUGCCCUUUGCCUGAAAAAACAGCUCUGGAAAAUGUACCAGAUAGAUACUCCAUUUACAAUGAAAAAGAAAAGAGCCCGGAAGAAAACAUAAAUAUUCUUGAAAAGAACUACAGUAGUGAGGAAAUAGGCAAAAGCACUUUAGCCAAUGGUGACUGGAAACAGGAGAGUCUGCUUCAUAAAAACCCAGCAACAAUGGCACGCAUGAAAGAGACUGAAACAUACAAAAAGAAAGUUGCAGAACAGACCUAUUUUUGCAAACAGCUUGCCAAGAGGAAGUGGCAAUUAUAUAAAAACUACUGUGGAGAAACUGCGUCUCUUUUUAAAAACAAAGUAUUUUCAGCACUUUUCAUUGCUAUCUUUCUUUUUGACAUUGGAGGGUUUCCACCUUCAUUACUUAUGGAAGAUGUAGCAAGAAGUUCAAACGUGAAAGAAGAAGAGUCGAUUAUGCCUCUUAUUUCCAUUAUCGGCAUUAUGACAGCAGUUGGUAAACUCCUUUUAGGGAUACUGGCUGACUUCAAGUGGAUUAAUACUUUGUAUCUUUAUAUAACUACCUUAAUAAUCAUGGGCCUGGCCUUAUGUGCAAUUCCAUUGGCCAAAAGUUAUGUCACCUUGGCAAUACUUUCUGGGAUCCUAGGUUUUCUUACUGGUAACUGGUCUAUUUUCCCAUAUGUGACCACAAAGACUGUGGGAAUUGAAAAGUUAGCCCAUGCUUAUGGGAUAUUAAUGUUCUUUGCUGGACUUGGAAAUAGUCUUGGACCACCAAUUGUUGGUUGGUUUUAUGACUGGACCCAGACCUAUGACAUUGCCUUUUAUUUUAGUGGCUUCUGCGUCCUGCUGGGAGGUUUUAUUCUGCUGCUGGCAGCCUUGCCCUUCUGGAAUACAUGCAACAAGCAACUUCCCAGGCCAGCUCCAACGGCCUUUUUGUACAAAGUUGCCUCUAAUGUUUAGAGGAAUAUUGGAAGACACUCUACUGUUUUCCUAUAGCACAAUUUCACUGUGGCUGACUUUGAAUUUUUUUAAAAAGACAUAUCUUAUUUUCUUAUCUAUUAUAUGUAUAGCCUCUAUCUCCUUUCUUUUUUUCUUUUUUCCUUUUCCGAGAAGCAGGAUUCUUCUGUUUUACUAUUAUUCAUGAUUUUUGACUUUGUGAACAUCUCAGCCAGCCUCAGAAGACUUUCUCUGUGCAAAGAAAUAGAAUUUCUCUGCAGACUCUAUUAGUUGCAUUGCAAGACACCAGAGGGGACUCAUCUAUUUUAAAACUGAUGCAAGCAGCAUGAUAUGUGUGAAGGCCAUGAAGGACUAACUCUUCUCUGUGUUAGACUAGCUAGUAAAUAGAAUACUUCAAGCCAGCCAGGAAAUGAAAAUGGUUACUAAAAUAGCAUUAAGAAUUGCCAUGGAGCAAGCUGAUCAUUUUUUAAAACAGAUAUUUUAAAUCAUAGUCACUAGUUCAUUAUUCUAUUUUGUUUACCUUGAUGAAGCACCCUAUGUUUGGUGCCCACUGAGAUUAAAUCAUUUCAAUUCCUAAGGCAUUUUUUGCUGAGAUGCAGGCAAUCUCCAAGCAGAGUAGCCUCUGUAGCCUUUCUUCAUGGUUGGCUGGCAUAACCUGCUCACUUUUGUCUGUCAGCAUCUACUCAGUUGCUAUUUCCAUGAAGUGCUGGUUUUACCUGUUUCCAAAUUGGAAAUGCAUAUUUAAACCAUUCCAUUUUGGCAAAUGGGAAACAUCCAUUUGCUUUGGCCACAGUGGGGAUGAAUUAUAAGCCUUGCAUACCUUCAUGAUGAAGAAUUUACUUGCUACUAUCAGAUUUUUUUACCACUAUCAAUUUUAAUUCAAGGGCAGAACUAAAAAGUUUGCGUGUGUGUCUAUGUGGGACAUGGCAAGGGAAAGAGCAAUAAGAAAUUUAUAACCUGAUCAAAUUUUAUUCAAUCAUAAGAAAAAUAUUCCAGGAAGAAAAUCAAAGUUUAAUCAGUUGACAUUUUUCCAAAGAAAUGUUUUUUAAACUGUUAGCAUCAGAAUCCUCUAGGUCUUAUGAAACAUAUAGUUGCCUGAGUACUACUACUCUUAGAAAUUUUAAUUCUGUAGGUCUAGGCUAUGAGCCAAGUAUCUAUAUGUUUAAUAAACUCUUCAAGUGAUUCUGAUAGCACAGCCAGCGUUGAGAAUGAUUGUUUUAAGACUGGCAAUAGAGAAACAUUUGUUCUCUUCACUGAAAAACACAAGAACAAUAAGGGUUUUGUCUUUUUUUU